GACCCUGUCGUCCUGGCUGGUUUUGCAAAAGACAAUGCAUUAACGCUCGGUGUGUCGGCGCUGACAACAGACCCUGGAUCUUUGCUGGAUCACACACACAUGUCGACCAAACAGUGGAAAUCAUAUGCUAGAUAAGAGCGGAGGCCCCCCCGGCGGACCAUGGGGCUGACGGAGCUGACGGAGCUGCCGGUGCUGCUGCUUCUCGGGCUGCUCUGGUUCCGCUGCGCUCCGCUGUGUGCAGCAGGCUGCAGUGAGCAGGUGGAGGUCCAUGCGGAGCGGAGGGGUGUGAUCUACAGCCCCUCCUGGCCUUUAAACUACGCACCUGGGGUCAACUGCAGCUGGCGCAUUCAAGGAAGUCAAGGAGAGGUUAUCACCAUCAGUUUCCGUAACUUUGAUGUGGCCGAGUCAUGGAGAUGCGUCGGAGACUGGCUCCUGCUGACACCUACAUGGAGCGGGGAAUCCAGGCUGUGUGGCCCUUUUCUGCCUCCUCCCUUCAUCUCCACCAGGGGGCGUGUUUGGAUCCACUUCCACUCUCAAGCUAACAGCUCUGGGCAGGCCCAGGGCUUUCGACUCUCCUACAUUAGAGGCCAUCUUGGUCAGAGCAGCUGUCAGUCAGACGAGUUCCUGUGCGGGAAUGGGAAGUGUCUUCCUCGCUCCUGGAAGUGCAAUGGUCAGGAUGAAUGCGGUGAUGCUACAGAUGAACGAGGCUGCUCCCCUCCUCCCACUGACUUCCAGCCUGGCCUCUGCCCCAUCGGGACCAUGCCGUGCACAGAGGCCCAGACCACCCGCUGUCUCCCUGCUGCCCUGCGCUGCAACAGAGCCAGAGACUGCCCCGACGGAGCAGACGAGCUGGGCUGCCCCGACACCACCUGUGGCAAGCAUCUGGGGAACUUUUACGGCUCCUUUGCCUCUCCAGAUUUUUUCCACCCUAACCGGAGCGUUGUUUCCGAGCUGAAGUGCUUCUGGUUGCUGGACACUCAGGACCCCAAGCCCAUCGUGCUGCAGCUGGACCUGCAGCUGGGGCCCGGAGACUCUCUGCAUGUCUAUGAUGGCCUGCUGCAGCGGGCCGAGCAUCUCCUGCAGGUUUUGUCGCACCAUAACAACAGGCGCCCGGCGCUGCUGGAGUCAAGCCGAGGUCAGAUGAGCGUAUUGUACGUGGCGCAGCCUCACAGCCCUGGACAUGGCUUCAAUGCCACAUAUCAGGUCAAAGGUUACUGUUUUCCUGGCGAGCGUCCCUGCGGCAGUGAUCAGGGCUGCUACUCUGAACGCCAGCGCUGCGAUGGCUACUGGCACUGUCCGUCCGGUCGCGACGAGGAGGCAUGCACGAUGUGCCCGGAGGGGGAGUUCCCGUGUGAAGGUGGUACUGGAGCGUGUUACCCAGCGUCUGAGCGUUGCAACAAUCAGAAGAAGUGCCCAGAUGGGUCGGACGAGAAGAACUGUUACGACUGCCAGCCUGGAAAUUUCCACUGUGGGACUAACCUGUGCAUCUUUGAGACGUGGCGCUGCGACGGCCAGGAGGACUGCCUGGAUGGGAGCGAUGAGAGAGACUGCCUGGCUGCGGUGCCGAGGAAGGUGAUCACGGCCGCCCUGAUCGGUAGUCUGGUCUGCAGUCUCCUGCUGGUUAUUGCUCUGGGCUGUGCCCUCAAACUCCACUCCCUCAGGAACAGAGAGUACAGAGCAUUUGAGACUCAGAUGACUCGCAUGGAGGCAGAGUUUGUUCAGAGAGAAGCUCCUCCUUCAUACGGUCAGUUAAUCGCCCAGGGUCUCAUUCCUCCAGUGGAGGAUUUCCCAGUAUACAACCCCACCCAGGCCUCUGUGUUACAGAACCUUCGGCAUGCGAUGCGCAGGCAGAUCAGGCGCCACUCCACUCGCCGCUCCAACACCUCCUCCUCUCGAAGGCGUCUCGGGCAUCUGUGGAAUCGUCUGUUCCACAGGGGAAGCCGAGCCAGAGGCCACGCCCCACUGCUGGAUCCCCCCGAACCCACACAGGUCACACUGGGGCUUCACAGCUACCAAACUGCGGGGGAGCCGGGACCCCAGGGGAGGGCCAUGCCAGAGGUCAGACUUGGGGGUGAAGUUGAUGAAGGAGGUUUGUCGAGCUCAGCUGGGGUGGACCUGCAGCCCGAGACACCGGAGAGCCCAGCAUCUCCUCUCUCUUUUCACUCAGUUGACAGUCCAGAUGAAGAGGAACUGUCACCAGUCAGCAGUGCAAGGACUCCACAAUCUGGGCCCCCCACACCUUGCCCGAGUGACUCUUCAGCCCACAACAGACUUCCUCACACCACCCAGUUAGCAUCUGUACGCCCCAUCCACCGCCGGCCAUCUAGAAAAUUAGUUUUGGAGCUUGCAGUUAAUCUAAAGGGUGUUUCUUUAAGACAUUACUCACCCUUAGGGCCUCUGUCCCCUGUCUCACCCCCUGUGUUUCCCAGCAGCUCCCAAACACAAUCAGCCCAGCUUCACCUGCAGGGUUCAGAGGCCACAUCACCCACUGGGCCCACUGGGUCUUCUGUGAAAGCAGAGGACCGUGACCGCCACUCCACUGUGGAUUUGCCAAGCAGGGAAAUAAGAAGCAGGGAUGAGAGGAAGAGAGAAGGAAAGCGCAGACUUGCCAGGUUCAGCAAAGCUCUCAGUGAGGAGGGAGGAGACUCAGGGAGGGAGGCACCAUGCUGAAAAGCUUGGCAGGAUAUUCCUUUCAUUGCUGAGACCGAGCAUGGGCUCAGAUAAAGUGUCCUUGAAUUGUGUCUGCACCACAUUCAGAUGGGAGGAACUCAACAUUGCCCCUUCUUCUGCAGGAGACACAAUAUCACUAGAAUAUUACACAAUUUAAUAUUCUGAAUACUUAAAAUGUGCAGUUGCACAAAAUGCAGUCUUUUCCUAAGAUGAAUAAAACCAGCAUUCCUUGUAGUCCUCUUGUAAAUCUCUUUUAAAAGCUCACUGAGUAGCUUCAUGUUGAUUCCUAUAGUGAAAUACUUAAAGAAAGCCCUUCUUUUUAAGUUUGACUGUUCCAGAAAAUCAACUAAAUUUAGGCCACAGAUACUGAAACAACCAAACAGCUUUUUGUGUCAUAACCCAGAGCUAUUACAUGCCGCUAUAUACUGUAAGCCGUAAAAGCCUAUGGAGGGAACUCUGUUCUUUCCACUCUGAUGUAUAAGUGGAUAUUAUCAAUAUUGUAUGAUGUUUUUUUAGUAUGUCUUGGCUGUCUGCCUAAGUUCAGGAUGACCGGUGAUAUUUUACAUUUUUAAUGCAAAGGCUAAACAAAUUUGUUUUCUUUUCAUGUUUUAAAACUUUUUGAC